AUGAUGAGCUCAAUUCACUAUCUACCCUUUGAAAUCAUUGAACAUAUUAAUUCGUACUUGUCACAUCAAGAUCGCUAUGAGCUGCUACAUCUAAACAAGCCAUUUUAUCAGAUAUUUAUUAUACUACUUUACCGCACAAUCACAAUCGAAUCACCAAAUCAGCUCAAGCAGCUGCUCUAUAUAUUCAAUCAAACUGAAUCCACAUCAUUGCCACUCGGCAAAUGCGUCCAUCAAUUGAACAUCUUGCUGAACGAAUUAUCGGAAUACGAACUGGCAAGGCUACAAACAUCAUGUCCAUUUGUUCAGUCAAUACAUGUCGAUUGGCGUAUAUGGAACUACUUGGCAUUCACUGAAGAAUCACCAAAUACAAGCUUGCCGCGGAAUUACCAUGCUCGACGUCUGUUUCCUGUGGCUGCUACUCGCUUUCUGUCCAAUUACGGUGCAUGCAAGUUGUCAUCCAUCACAUUAGAUUUGUACUCUAUGAAUCAAAUUGAUGCCAAAUUACUGCUUUGUUACACACCAAAUUUAAGAAAUCUCACGCUCAUGGGAAUCAACCAACACCAUAACAUUACAAUCCAAUACGUCGAGUCGAUACAUGAACAGUGUCCCUAUCUAGAGAGCAUUGCAUUGGAAGGGUACAGAGCAGAAGCCGAAGACUUUGUCAGAAUGAUUCAACCCACGCAUGUCAAUUCACUGCUACGAAUGAAAUCUUUCCAAUUAAAGUGUCAAUACGGCGCUGAUCGCUACCAUGAUUGGUUACCUUACCUAGGAAGAAAGUAUCCAAACCUUAUUUCAGUAGAUUUUCACCACUUGGGAACUGGCAAAGAUAUCAUUGAGCCGUGUCCAAUAGAACUAUACCGCCAAUUCAUUAGAGACUGUCCGCAUUUGAAGUACAUCAUGUGGAACAACACUGCUCCUGAUUUCAGAUUCUUUCAGGAACUGGAUAAAGCGCAACACAGGAAAUUGAAGAGAUUGGAAGUGUAUGACAAUGUUACAGUACCUGGUUUAUUGACAUCAGCGUUGUUCGAAAGCCCUCACCAAAUCCUGGGCAAUCUCACACAUCUCACAUUUGGUCCUAUUCCUCGCGGUGUCAUGCCAAACACACUGGUGCAAUCCAUUGCUAAUGCCUGCCCUCGUUUGGUGCAUUUAUGUCUACGAGAGCCUCACUGCAAUCUCAACAUCCCGUUCAAGAUUGACUCUAUUCUGGACUAUUGCAGAAAGCUGGAGUUUCUUGAACUGCACAACAUCGCCCUUCGAGUAUCAUUUGACCAUCGUCGACAAGAGCCUAUUUGGGACAAGCACCCUUUGAAGAGUUUGAUAAUGCGGCAUUGCAGUUCAUUCGACGGUGUAUUUGACCACAUCUCACCACGAUGUCCGUAUCUCGACGAGCUAAUCUUGUUUGCGUAUACACAGCGCGAUCGUCGCUACAAGGUUCAAAUUCACAUGCCAUUCCAGCGAUUUCGCAAGGUACAAUUGCAUGGUUUACGGACCGAAACAUUUGACCUGGAUCGCCGUAUUCGAUUUUUCUCCAUUACACAGCAACAGCAAGCAACAUGGUACUAUAUGAGUAAGUUUGCAUUGAAGGAUCAGGAAGUACCGGGCAGGGGCUUCAAUUAUCGCGGCAUGGAGAUGGCGCUUGACAUGUCGCAAUUGAAAAGUGCUGAGGUAUAUUUGUUGAGAUCCUUCUUGGAGAAGCCAAUGUCAUGGUCCGCAUUGGAAAUGCACAAGCAAGAGUACCUUAAAUGGAACAACGCAUCCAUGGUAGAAGACUGGCAACCCAAAGAUAUUUACGAUGCUGGCUAUGUAGAUCUAGUAUGCGAAUCUCUUGAUCAAAUCAUCGUUAACAUGAAGCGCAUCAUCCCAUAA